AUGUCGCGCGAUUCCACGACGGGCGCAAAUCCCGACCCGCAGGCCGGAUCGUCUGCUGCUCAAGCUCAGGCUCAAGCUCACGCUCAUCAAUCAUCAUCGCAUUCACGAGCACAAUCCUGCGUUCUUUCCGUCGCGACAUCCGUCCCUAAGCAAAUCGCCCUUCUUCCCGAUGAGCUCCUCCUUCAAAUCUUCGAGACCGUCGGUCGCACCUCGCGCAGCGACCUAUGCGCCGUCAGCCGUGUGAAUGGGGCCUGGCAUGAGCUCGCCGACGCCAUUCUGUACCGUCAAGUCCGCUUCGACGACCCAGAGCAGCACCUCGUCUUCUCGGAAUCCCUCAGUCGCCGCAUGCGUCGCGGCUCUGCUAUUCAGGACGUCAGCCUCGAGUAUCCCGCUCACGAACUCUCUCACUUGAGGCUCGAUGGGCCGAUUCAUGGCUCACACCACCCGCCGACCCGCUUUGAGGCCCUCAGUCGAACCAUCAGCACUAUGAGCAACCUCGCGACCCUCGAGGUGUCCGUCCCCGUUACGCUGCUUCACGGCAUCGGCGCACUCUUCAAUGGCCCCUUCGAUCUGGCUUGCUUGAAGCACUGCACUCUUUUUUACCAGUGCCCGGAUGAUGCAUACUGGGAUCUGCGCGAGAAUGUCCACAUCUUUGCCCACCCGACACUCGAGACCCUCGUCAUCCGGAGAGCGAAGCUGGACUACCGCGGCUUUGACCUCAUCGAGCGCCCCCAUGAAACCGCACUGCACAAGCUGCAUCUGAUUGAGUGCGACAUUAACGAUGAUGCGCUUUCGGAUAUUCUCGAGUUUCCCGAAGGGUUAAAGGAGUUCGUGAUGACCCAACUUGAACAGCCCAGCCCGGAGUUGGAAGAAAGCUCGGACAACUUUAGCGACUACAUGCUGGCGCUAAACUCUCAGGGCCACUCGAUGGAGUCCAUCACCAUCGACCACCCAACGCUCACCGGCAGGAAACCAGUACGGAUGAGGGACUUCGAGGCUUUGAAAUCGUUAAAGCUGAAUUGGGACUACCAGCUUUUCGGCAAGUCGUCCAAGAAGCCAAGGCUGCACUCUGUUGGCUUGCCACCCAACCUGGAAGUCUUGGAAUUUUUUAACGAACUCGGUACGGACGACGAAGUCACUGAGCUGCUGGAGUACACUCUCCAAGUCGCCAACGUCACACAUAGCAAGCUCAAAACGGUCGUCGUCGUCCCAGGCGAUAAUGGUGUCCCCAAGGAGAUUAUCGCGGCAUGCAAGACAAGCGGCGUAAAGCUGGAUAUCAUCGGGGCCUUUGAUGAAGAUGAGGAGAAUGGAUUCUAG